AUGUUAAGGUUUCUAGGCCGUGUUUUAUCCUUCUUCCAGAGGAGGGCAGGCCGUACGCAGACCCGAUGCCUGCCGCAACUGGAGGUCUCAGAAGAUGAAAUGGAGUUGAAAACCAUGCAAGGAGUUGUGACAAGUUUUUUUACUGAUUAUGGCUUGAUUAAUGAGUCCAUCUAUUUCAGUACUGAUGUUGUGACUCGCAGUAUGCCUAUAACAGUUGGACAAAAAGUGUCGGCAGUCAUCGAAGAAGACAAAAUGACUCAUGCAUUGAAAGCGCUCAGAGUGGAUGUUAUAAUGGAUCAUCAUGGUGGAGUUGCAUCAUCAGACCCAGAGACCAGAGUUGUAAUUGGUUAUGUCACCUCCAUAAAUAAAGAUAUUAUUUACCUUAAUAAGAACAUUGAAUUCUCUGUUAACAUUGUUUCUGAAGGUUUUGUGCCUUACAAGGGUGACUGGUUAGAAGUUGAGUGUUCCGUUGAUCCCAGUACCUCGGAACUUAAGCCUUUCUCGGUAAAGCCCGUGAGCUGUAAGCACGUGGAUGAGGUCUGUAUCACCAAUCUACAAGGAAGAAAUGGGGUGAUCGAUGAUACCAUCUUUUUCACCCUGGAUUCUGUGAAACUUCCUUGUGGAUACAUACCUCAAAGAUUUGACUUUGUCAACGUAGUCAUGGUGGAGAGCAUACAGUCAUGCUUUAUUUGGAGAGCUGUUUCUGUCACUCCCGUGCAAAGGAGUGGCUUCUGGGAUGGCAGUGGCCUGGGUCGUCCUUAAAGUGACCCUCAGAGGCAAAGCAUUUACCUGAGGAGGCAGCACAACCAGCAUGUUAAAGACACUGAUUUAAAGAAACAGUUUGCAUCACCUACAGUAUUUGUUAAUGUUUAUUGUUUAACUGUUCUUCCUCAUGUUUGA